AUGUUAUCAACCAUCAUUCUCGCUGGCUUGGCCACCUCGAUAUCUGCACAUGGGGUAAUCACUUCACCACCGGUUCGGGCUGUUGGACAAGCAAUGAUCGACAAUUGCGGAGCAUCAGUAGCAGCUCUCGUCCAAGCCGAUGUCACCUCUCACGUGGAAGAUAUGCCUGAAGCUGCUGCUCUUAUCCCAGGAUUCAACGCCACUGCCUGUCCUUUGUUUCUGUGUAAGGGACUGCAAUUUGAGGACAAUGUAGCCAAUGUUCAAGAGUUUGCUCCUGGAGAAGUAGUAAACAUGAAAGCUAUUUUGCCUAUCCCACACGAAGGUCCAAUGAACGUCAGUAUCAUCGAUACGGCGACCAACACUGCAAUCGGCCAGCCUUUGAUCGAGUUUGCCAGUUACGCUGACGAGUCGUUGGCUGUCCUUCCCGCAAACAACACGGAUUUCGAUGUUACAAUCCCAACCACCUUAGGGGCUAAGUGUGCUGUUGCUGGAGCAUGUGUUAUGCAAUGGUUCUGGUUUGGUACCGGUGCACAGCAAACAUAUGAGUCCUGUGUUGAUAUGGUUGUUCCGGCUGCUGCUGCUGCCGUCGUACCGAAUACCGCCGUCGCCGUACCCAACGCCGCUGUCGUCGCUACUCCUCUUCGUUGCUGA